AUGAACAGUCGCAGUAGUGUAAAUGAAACGAAUUUGGUGAAUUUUUCGGCGGAACUCACAACCCUUAAUCAAUUGGACACAAAAGACGGUCUCCUGAGCUUUCCAUUCGAUCACAUCUACGCCUGUCACUCGGAUACCGCCGAUCGUAGAUCGCUGCAAUUGGAAAAGGAGGUAGAAAUCUCUACGCAUUGUGUUGUCACAGAAGAUAAAAGUGCUGAAGUUGAGGUCAGUCGUCUUUCUGAAAAGUUGGCAGCGGCUGAGGGCCAGAACAAGAGAUUAAAAGAUCUUCUCAUCUAUCAUUUGGAUCUGAUACAACAGCAGAACGACCUCCUUUCUAAGCGGGAGAAGCUAUACCAAGCUUUGAGACAAGAGAAUGAUUCACUAAAGUCUAAAUUAAACGAGAAGAAACUACCAGCGACUCUACGGCAUACAGUCGCCACGCCCGUAGUGGCCGCAUACGGGCCAACUUCAACUGUCACGUCCACAGUCAUUGGCAGCGAAACUGAUGGCGCUUCGCAGAUUAUGCUAAACAGUUUCACGGAGUUACUCCUGCCUGACAACAGGACCAAUUCUUAUCUGUUCGACGGUGAUUUGAGCAAACCGAAACCUUUCGCGCAGGAGAGCUUCGAAAUACCCAGGUCUUCGGAGACAGAUGUGACUACCUUCAUCCCGACGGAUGUGGGAGCUUCGAUAUUGCACAGCAAGUUAGACCGUGACAAGUUCACCAUGAUUGAGAGCAAGCGGUCCUAUGUCAAGAAGGAGGUCAAGAGUGAGCCCAGACAGGAGGCACUUUACACGGUCACGUCAAGCAGUGGGAAUCCAGUAAUCCAAAGAAUACAGAGGAACAAACGGAGAGAGUCCACAGGGAUUGGGAGCCUCAGUCGGAUGUCUAAAAGUCCCGCUGUGAAAGUAGAACUACCUGAGAGCAGUAAAAUGUUUAAUGAGGACAAGGCAUAUGAACGGACAUUCAGCCUAAACAAAAAGUCCAAAAUGAUCAGCACCUACGGCAAAGCAAGGGGUGGGGCAGCUAAGAAAACAACCCACUUUACCGGUUCCCUGUCAGAUCGUCUUCAGCUGAUCGACACCACGCCUACGGGUGAAGACCCUUACCAGUUGGGCGAGGCCGACAUGAGGGAACAGUCUCCGAUACCCAAGCUGAUGCUGCAAAAAACUAAUCAUGGGAGGAUGAAGAUUUGCUCCGAGGCGGGAAUGACGAACACUGCUCGACGGAUCUACGACGCGCCGGCAACAGAAACCAGUACAAAGGCCAACUUAAAAAUUGAUAGGUAUAACCUCUCAAGUACAUACAUACCAAACAUAAAGAAGGAGCCAAAAACUGUAAUAGUGGAGGAACCAGACCUGGACAUUGUUAAGACAGAGCCGGAGAUCGACUGGCGGACUUACGGAACCAGUAAACCCGGGAAGGAGACAAGUCUGUGCGAUUUCUCAUAUGGAGAGAACCCAAACAAUCUUGCCUCGCAUAUACUGCCCUCGCUCGACUCUGUGGAGUUCCAAGAGUUGUUCUCUACUGAUGCUCUGAACCUGGAUAACCUGAACACGGUCGAGUACCACACAGCUACAGAGAACAAAGCCACGACGGAGAAGACUAAGAAGAGAGGAGCUAGGGCCACCAGUCUGAUGGGUGCUCCGGACAUUCCACCUCCCGGUGAAGGCACCUCAGGGUCCAUGCCUCUAGAAGUUCUAGGACCCCCUGUCAAACGUGUAGGGGAAAGCAAGCGUGGACGAAAACGGGCACACUCCACGACAGGACUCGCUAAAGUACCUAAACUGAAACCUCCGCAGAAACCAAAGCUAGCUAGAGGAAGAGCCGCGUGCCGCGGGAAGAGGUCGCCGGUGCCGGGAAUGAUGACCCGGAGGCCGUAUCACACGCAAAUGGGAGACCCGGAUCUCUCUUGGUACCUGGGCCUGGACCCCGAUCUCAAGGCCGAGGAUGUCGACCCGCCCGCCGAUUGUAAACUCUCCACCGUCGAGGUGCCGCGAUGGAGGGAGAAGCCAUAUACGAGCUGUUACACGAUGGAGGGCACCGAGAACGUCGACGACCGUGUUUUCGAAAAACGUCACCAAAAGCUUGAGGCUGAGGAACGACGACAGCUCAGGUGGCACAUGCGUCGGGUCCGGGAACAAAGGCACGUGGAGCGACUCCGGCAAAGACAACGCGCGAGCUGGGCGACGCGACCUGCGGUGUUCUCUGUAUGGCCCCGGCCCCUUGCGGAUGCACGCUAUAUAGAGAUCACCGACACGUUGCCGGUUAUCGCAUUCGGCGAGCCCAUGCCGGAUCUACCUUGCAAAGACUUCAUGCUGCCUUGGGUGAGGACUUCUAAGGCGCUGAAGAGGUCGAAAAGAUCGAAGACGCUGCAUUAG